GAGGGCGGGGCCUACAUGAUAACAGCGGAGGAUUCAAACCAAACCGAACAUGGCUGCGGGCAAGGAUGUCGAUGAAAACGAAAACACACAAAAUAGAAGAGGUCCAGUGAGCAGUAUGGUGAUCAAUCAUGAAGAAUCACCUGGUGGCUCUCGUCCCAGCCGACCUCCAGUCAUAUUCAACCCAGACUUUUUUGUGGAGAAACUCCGUCACGAGAACCCGGAUAUAUUCUUGGAGCUGGUACUAAGUAACAUCACUCGCCUCAUAGAUCUUCCCGGGACAGAGUUUGCACAGCUCCUUGGUGAGGAGGGCCCGAAGACCGCAACAGGUGGAAAUGGAGGCUUCUUUCGCUCUUUCAACUUCCUCAAACGCAAAGAAAAAGGGGUUGUGUUUGGAACCCCGCUAACAGAAAUCUGCAUUGCCCAGAUCUACCAGCUCAUCGAGUACCUCAGCAAAAAUCUGCACGUGGAGGGUCUGUUUCGGGUGCCGGGGAACAGCGUCCGGCAGCAGACCCUGAAGGAGCUCCUGAACAGCGGGGUGGAUGUGGACCUGGAGUCUGGAGACUUUCACCCCAAUGACGUGGCCACGCUGCUCAAGACUUUCCUGGGAGAGCUGCCCGAGCCCCUGCUCACACAAAGACACUUUCACGCACACCUCAAGAUAGCCGAUCUGACUCUGUUUGACGAACUCGGGAACAAGACUGCGUUGCCCAACAAGGAGCGUCAGAUAGAAGCCCUGCAGCUCCUCUUCCUGCUGUUACCUCAGGCCAACCGGUCCCUGCUCAAACUGCUCCUGGACCUGCUCUACCACACCGCCAGGCAGCAGGACAAGAACAAGAUGUCCGCCUUCAACCUGGCCCUCAUGUUCGCGCCGCACGUCGUCUGGCCCAGAAACAUGACCGCUUGUGACCUGAAAGACAAUCUGAAGAAACUGAACAGCAGCAUGGCCUUCCUCAUCAAACACUCACAGAAGCUCUUCAGGGCUCCAGUCUACCUGCGGGAAUACGCCAGAAUGCACUUCACUGGCACCAAGGCUCUGCAGACCAAGGAUGAUCUGGAGCUGUUUGCAGCCAGCAGAUCUCCUGCUCAGCGGACCGCGUUGCCCCUAAAGAGGUCGGCCCCCCCCCAGGAGCAGUGCCAGUCCCCGGCCCAGCAGUACACAGAGGAGGCUCUGAAGGACCUCUUCAGACACGUCAACCACAGCAUGCCCGACUCCGCCAAGAAGAAGAAACUCGUCCGACAGUUAGUCAAACAGACAACCUCAGGGACGCCUACCAACGACCGCCUUCAGGUCCCGCCCACUGCCAGCAAGAAACACCCACAUUCCCGCUCCUUUGGAGGCCUCAUCAAGCGCAAAGCUCGCGGUGAGCAGCCGACGGCGGAGAGGCGGCUCCGACAAAUCUCCCCAGAUAUCGACUCCAAGUCGGGAAGAAAAGCUGGUAAAGAGAACGUCAUCCUACAGGGGGUGAACAGCCCAUUAAAUGGUCACAUGUUGGGGAAGGGGGGGCUGAUAGUCAAGAACCCGGACUUUGCUUUCAAGGACAGAGUGCUGAAGGUUUCUAAGCAGAACUCCCCCUCUGUGACCCGGAUGUGUUUCUCUCCUGCUCAGGAGAUCUCGCUGUAAAAACACCUCCUCCUCCUUGUCUCAGACUAUAUAAAUAUUCCUCUUGUUUAUUAUCAUGUUUUCAUCGUAGUCAGUCUAUUUUAACUGUGACUAAUAUAAAGCAGCAUUCAGCCUCUGCCAGAGCAGCCAAACCAAAGCCAGGAAAUCACUGCUGGACAGACAUCUAGACGUGAGUGGUACUUCCAGUUGAUUUAAACCCUCCCCCUCUUAGAUACCCUUAAUGUAAAGAUGCCUAAUGGGGAAAAAAUGACUGCUUCCAAACAUGCAAAACAGUUAUGACUUCAAUACGUGAUAUCUGAAGCUAAAACCCCUUUUUACUUUCAGAAAUACUUGAGAAAAGUCCCAGGUUUCUCGUACUUCUACUAUUCAGAUUAUAGUGCAUUGUGCAUCAGGUUGGACAGUAUUUAUUUUAUCAUGAUUUAGUUUAGUAAUCGUAUCUUGAAUAAAGUAAUGAUGACGAGCAACACUUUAAGUUGAACUGGGUGCAAGGAUAAUUGGUUUGUUUUAAUUUAAGAGUCAAUGCGAGCAAAUGCAUCAGUUUCUGUGACGAAUGCAAAUGUAUCUUUUUGUAACAUUCUUAAUUUAGUUUCUAUACCACUUAUUUGUCAGGUUUCAAUAAUGUUGUUGCAUUACUCGGCUAUCAAAGUUAUACAUUUGAAUCUGAACUAUUCAAAUUCCAUUGUGACUUUUUGAAUGGAUUUAUCAACAAGUCUGCAUUAUAAGAUCUGCUCAGAGAUCAGUUUAAACUUAAAAGCAUUAACGCUCGUCACAUUGCAUGCUGCUCUGUUUUGAAUAACACUUUGGGGUUAUUGUUUAGCUCUUCCUGUUUCUUUGCUUUGGCUCCUCUGGCUCGGACCUGCUUAUUGAAACUCUUAUUUGUAGCUACUGUAUCAAACUCUAUGACCACUAGUAAGUGUAGGAUAUGUAUACAUGUUGUACAGUGUGUUUGUAAGUGUGUGUGUUUUUAACUGGGAGAUGUGUCUACGGUACGAUAUGUUGGUUACUGAAUGAUAUUUUUGGGUGAUGUUCUCUCUUUGUUGUGCCGCUGAUGCCGAGUCAGUGAGCAGGUCACUUUAUAUUUCCAAUGUUUUUAAAUCUGGAUAUGAAAAAUAGGUUUAAUUUGAUAAUCACUACUCUCUCAGACUGUGAAAAUACCCACUGUUAACGAAUCCGUCGAAUAUGAAAUGUUACAGUCUAACAGGACUUUAAAUACUUAAUUUGUUUUACUUUUUCGUCAGCUGGAUGAUGGAAGUGUGACGUGGUGAGGGUGGUAUGUUAUGUUGAAGGUUUAAAGGAAAGUCUAAAGAAAGUUUUUGUAUGAUUUUGAGAAGGUUGAAAUGAGCAGUAAUGUUACAGUCUGAUCUUUUUAACAUGUGCGUGUACUGUAAGGCUGGGUUAUAUAGAGUAUAUCACAAUAUUCCUUAUCAAAUAUAUUGAUAUUCUGAGGUGUGCUGAUGGUGCUUUUUGAUAAAUAAUCAUUCGUAAUUACAACUAAUAGAUCUAGAAAAUCAAAUCUCAUCUAAGCCAAGAAACACUAUUUUACGAUAUCCUAAAUCACAAUCUGACGAUAUGGAUAUUAAUAUAUUGCCCUAAUGUAAUGCCCAGUAUCUGGGUAUAUUUGGUCAACACUCAAGAAGCACUUAUACCUGAUGAAGGCCCUGUUGUUGAAAACAGAUUAAGGGACUUAGAUAUUAAAAUGACACGUGCAUAAUUGUUUGUUUUGCAGAAAACGUUACGUACGUAAAGCCCAUUUUCUACAUUUUGUGGGACGGCCAUUUUGUAUGCACACUUCCUAUGUAUGUUCCUCCAGCUUUACUUGUCAUGGCUUGAUUUUACUGACGUCUGCUCAUUUUGUUGUAUAGGGAGUAAGCAUGCACCGGUAUCAACAUUUCUACAACUAAAUAACUUUAGAAAACGGUGC